ACACCAGUGACUGUUGUACGAGAGAAGGUGGUGUUACCUAUUCAGAGCAGGAACCAAACCAAGUAUUAUCACAGGCGUUUCAGUAGGGUCCCAAUAGUUGACCAGUGUGAUGAAGAAGAUCCAGUUUGCAUCUAUGAAGCUGACCAGCAGUUCCAGAGAGACAAGAUGGUUGACAGCGAUAUUGUCAGGAUUCUGAGGCAAAGAAAGAUUGAAUGCUAUGCGUGGGAAGGUCCUGAUAAAAAAAACAAAUGUCAACAGAUUGAAGAAGAUUAUAACCAGGCGGCUGUUAACUGGUUCAUCAAAUAUGGUGAUAUGAGAAGCGGGAAAGGUGCUUUAGAGGCCUACAUGAAACAGAAACAUAGACUUAUUUGGGAGAGAAGGAAUCCAGAUAAAAAAUUACACUGAAUAAAUAGUUCUAUUCGAGAUACUAGUUUUUAAAUAAACGAACUAAUUAGAAUGUGUAUACUCGGUGUUGAUGUCAAGUCUAUGAAAACGUAGUUGAUUAAAAGAAAAAUUUGUGUUAACAGUUCAAUCUGAUUAGCCAAUAUUUUUAUUUUCAUUAUUGAUUCAACUGACCUAGAAAUAAGGACUAUUAAAACAAUUUUCCUGUUAUAAAAACUU